AUGUCGGAACUUUUACAACUGUGCAUGGACGGAUACUACGACGGCACAAUAUUCCACCGCCUCGUUCCAGGGUUCAUUCUACAAGGUGGUGAUCCGACUGGGACUGGCCAUGGCGGCGAGUCUAUCUACGAUGCGGGCGCGCUUAGCGGCGACCUUGAUCCGUGGCCGAUGGACAUGCGUCGCGGGAAAAACGCAGGACCCACUGGAAUCGGAUUCAAGGAUGAAUUUCACUCGCGUCUCAAGUUCAACCGACGAGGCCUCCUCGGCAUGGCGAACGAAAGCACGCCCGACACGAACGGCAGCCAAUUCUUCUUUACGCUUGACAAGGCCGACGAGCUUACGGGCAAGAAUACUCUCUUCGGAAGGAUAGCGGGUGAUACUAUCUAUACACUCACAAAGAUUGGAGAGUCGGAGGUCGACGAGGCCACGGAGCGCCCGCUGUACCCCGUCAAGAUCGUCAAGGUCGAGAUACUAGUGAACCCGUUCGAGGGCAUGAUAGGGCGGGCUCGCCAGGCACCCGUUGCUCAGAGGACGAUUGUGCGUUACGAGUCAUACUCCCCAGAACCUGAGCCUCCGCGGAGGAGAACAGCACUGGAGAAGACGAACGAUGAGAUUGCGGCGCUCAAGGCAUCCAUGAAACGAACCGUGCACACACCGCAGGAAGUUGUGAGGGAACAAAAGAAGUCUGCUCUAGAGCAGAUGCUCUCAGGGACUGCGGUCAAGGGAGGAAGGAGGAGAGGGCGCCAGAACGUGAACGAGGAUCAGCGAUCAGUCGAUAUCAUGGUGGGCUGGGAGAUGAAGUUGAAGACGGCACAACCGGAUAAGGAGAAGCGCCCGCAGCGGGAUGCGGAGAUGGAGAGCCGCGAUAAGGACGCCGCGGACGACGACGAUGAGGGAGACAAGUGCGAUUUGCACUUUGUGCCAAAUUGCCAAAGUUGCCGAGCCUGGGACACGAAGGAGCAGGGCGAAGAGAUCGGCGAUGAGGGAUUCAUGGCACAUACGAUGAAUUGCAAGGCUGAUAAGCUGGGCAAGGACCUGAGCUACCGCAAGAAAGCCGAAGAGGAGCUCAUCGUUAUUGAUCCCCGGGCUAAGGCGCUCUCUAUUAAGGAGCAGAAAAGGCAAAUCGCGAGGCUCGGGCGGGGAAGUCUGGUCGCGAGUGGGAUAGAGCAAGGAAUGCCCAGAUGGCUCGGGCGGCUUCAACCGCGGGUAGGGGGCAGUCGUCUUAUCACUUUCGUGUUUGACCCCGCAACCUCUUGUCAUCAGCAGUUUGGAAGUGCGGAUCCCGUCGUCAAAUGGUCGGGCCAAGAUAACUCGGGUUUUGUUGAGGAUGCUUCUUCUCAUGGCCUCAGCUCGUACGGCCUUCAACAAGUCCCUACGCAGUUUCCACAGCCCAUUCCCGCUACGCCAUCUAACAUGCUAGCGCGCCGGACCAUGAACCGUGCCUUGGUUCCCACGGGACCUCGAGCCAACUUUGAUACCAACACAGACCCCUGGACCAGCCUUGUCGCGGCGGAUCCGAGCAGUCUAGAUCAAGUGCCUGGUUCCGAGGUGAGCGAACUAGAAAGCUUACAGCAGCUGGAGCAGAUGGCCUCGAAAGCCAAGCGGGACGCGGAGGCGAAGCGCAAACAGAUCCCGCCCUUCGUGCAAAAGCUUAGCAGCAAGGCGAAGAAGCCGAACAAAUCCACGGACCCCGACGCUGACAGCGACGAGGAACCAACGUCACCGGUGGGCCAGCCAUCGUAUCCAGCCCUGCCCUUCAACAUGUCGCUCUCCGAGCCCAACAACGGGCUGAAGAAGAAGGAAUUGGCCUUGAUCCGUGACGAAUUCAAGAAAAUCCGCGAUCACCAGCAGGUCAUCCUUACGCGGAUGCAGCGGCUCGAGCAGAACCAGCAGCGUAUCGAGCAGCAACAGCGGGCUCAGGCGCAAAAGGAUCAACGCGUUGACGAGAUCUACCGGCUCUUUAUGCGCCACGAGAACUCGCUGCAGAGCAUGAUGCAGAUCCUGGUUUAUCACUUCAAGAAGACGCUUGAGGAUAAUAAGUCGGCGCAGCAAAUCAAAGACAUCAUGUCAACGGGCUUCCUCCCGGGCAACCACGGAACGCAUGGCAUUGUCGAACUCGACGAUUUCAUACAGAGUCAACCUAAAUCUCCUAGCCCCAUGGGCGUCGUACCUAAGAGGGCGAGGGCGCUUCUAGAGGCUCCCCCAUGUCUGGAAAUGUUCGGACAGUCCCCCUCUCCCGCAUCCGCUCAGGGCUUCUCGGGCCCAGAGAUGGGCAGUGUGACGGAGAUCGUUGACCCAUCCCCCGCCGACACAACCUCCCCAUACCUACCCUCUGACCUAUCUCCCAGCUCCCAAGAGAAGCUGAUAAGAAUGCUCCACGACGCCAGCGCGAAUGUGGGGUCGAGCUCCAUGGCGAACGCGAAUAUUGCCAACCCUCAACCAAUCCCCGCACAACCUGCUCCUCAGCUAGGUCGACGACCCAACGCCACGGCCGCGCCAGUGCCCGGCAUGCCCCGAGCUUCCGCAGCUAGCGUUCCAAACGCGAACAUGUCCGUCCCCCAUUCGACCACUGCCCCUCCCGUCAUGCCGCCCGCGGCCGCGGCUUCUACCAUCCCUCCUCCACCGACCGCGUCACCCGAUCUUUCCCAACUUGCGGGAAACAUCCUCGACCCGUCGCAGUACGCCGCUGCGCUGGCCAGUAUUCCGGCAGGCCUAGAACCAGGGAUGAACAUGAGCGCAAAAGAAUUCGACAAUCUCAAGAGGCUCCAGGCGGCGCAGGAUCAGCAGAUCCAAAUGCUCGGGUCCAAACUCGCUCCCCUGAGCCCUUCAGGCCAACUUCCAGGCUUCACCGGAUCUGGCGACAGCAACGAGUAUUUCUCGGGCGCCAACUUUGACCUCAACGAUCCCACUUUCAACGAGUUCAUCAACUCAGAUCCCUUCAACGCGGACCAUUCCGACAUGGCGAACGCGGCCGUGACUGGGGACGACUUUGGACACGACUUUGACUUCAGUCUACUAGACCACCAUGACGGUACGGACGCGAACAAUACCACAAGCCCUGGAGGAACGGAAGAGAUUCCUCGCGACGACCUCGGUAAUGUUGCCAACCCGGACCGUGGCUCUAAACGACGCAAAAUCCAGUAG